AUGUAUGCGCGCAGCUUUAAACGCCCGUUUGCGCUGGUCUAUGAUCCGUAUACGGAAUCUGUGGAAGUUGUGAAGGAAGCACAUGAUUUGAAGUAUGGACUGGACCGCUUAAAAGAGGAACUGUCUUCGUUUACUGAAGCAGUCGACACGCUGAGUAACACUGUUGCUAGUAAAUGA